AUGGCGGUGGCAACUAAGGAGGGCACGAUGCUGGCUGAUGACGAAGCUUCCCAAGCAGCCUUAGCCAGCCAUGUGGAGGACACAGCUGCUGCCAAUGAUCAAAGCAUCCAGGACGCGCUUGCCACGCACGUGGGGGAUACAGCAGAGGCCAAUGAUGAGGCGACUCAAGAGGCGCUUGCCAGCCACGUGGAGGACACGGCCCAGGCCAAUGAUGAGGCAGCUCACGAGGCCCUUGCCGAGCAUGUGCGGAAGACGUCUGAGACCCAUGAUGAGGCUGCUCAGGCAGCGCUUGCCAGCCACAUGGAGAAUACGGCCGAGGCGAAUGAUGAAGUCGUUGGCGGCGCGCUGGCCAGCCACGUCGAGGAAUCAGCCCUCGCAAAUGACGCGACGGUGUCUCAAGCCCUCGCCAGCCAUAUGGAGGAUGCGGGCCUGGUAGGCGAGCAGACAAUGCACGACGCGCCUGCGCUUUUUGCAGAGGAGCUGGGAG